GCUUGCAGUCAGAAGCUGGGGUCCUCUCCUUCCUACCCACUUUCUGCAACUCUUCUACAUAUUCACUUGUUAAAUGUAGAAACCUAAUCAUCCAUCUCCAUCUCCAUCUCCUUACAUUACAUGGAAGUACAACUGAUAAAGCCGUCGCCGGCGAUCGACUUCAACUACGACAGCACCUCCACUUCUCCAUACGUCACCGCACCUUCAAGCCCUCAGUCCACCAUCCCUUUCACCUGGGAAGAAAAACCAGGGAUUCGCAAACAAAAUAACGAUGAUAAUUGUGAAGAAGAAGAUGUAGAAAAUGAUUCGGAUUUUGCAUUCGGCCAUUUGGAACGGCAUUCUAUCUCCGCCGCCGACGAGCUCUUUGAUGGCGGCAAGAUCAAGCCAUUAAAACCACCGCCACGUCUGCAUUUCUCUAAUGAUUCACAUUCACCCCGAUCGCCCAAAUCCCCUAAAUUACGGUUCAAAGAAGCGUUGUCUCCACGGAGUAAGAAGAAGGAUUUCGAUCCUUUUUCAGAGGCAUUAAAACAAACAUCUGGUGAGCAGACUAACCCCGAGGAAAAUCCACCGGUUCGCGGACGAGAACAAACGACGAAAUCCACCACCAGACGCAAAACAUCUCGAUCUCUAUCGCCAUUUAGAGUCUCUGAUGUUCUAAACAACCAGAAAAACUCAACAACGGGUCAAUCAUCACCGACGGGUUUAACUUGGUACAACAAGUGGAACCUCAAGAAUCUGCUACUGUUCAGAAGUGCGUCGGAGGGAAGCGUAUCAACGAGGAAGGAUCCAUUGAAGAAAUACACGAUGUUAAAGAAGAGUGAUCGUGACGUCAAGACGACGUUUAGCUUCAGAAGCACUGAUAGUGGUGGUUCAAUGAAUGUGUCGGCGGAUGACACGGCGGCGGCGGAUCAGGAGGAGAUAGGGAGGAAGACGACCUUGCCGUACAAAUCAGGAUUAAUGGGUUGCUUAAGGUUCCAUCAAAAUGCAGGAAGUGUUCAUGAGAUCUCCCGAGGGAUCGAUUCUCUUAUGAAGCAAUGAAUUUCAUGAUCACACCGGAAGAAUUCAUCAGAUCAAUUUUAAUCUGAUUUUUUGAUCAUCACAUUUACAGAAUGUGUUUUUAAAUUUUACAUUACGUAACGUGGAUCUUGUUGAAUGUUUAUGUUCGUACAAUGUGUAAUUUAUGAUCGCUGGAUUAAAAAUCCAACAAUGAAAAUUUGUAAAAUAAACGAGUAUAUACAUAUGCUUUUUGUGAUCGUUUUA